AAUUUGCAUGAAAUUGCUUGUGCUGCUUAUUUCAGUUUAAAUUGAUUCUGAAAUUGCUGCUAGUGCGUAAGAUAAAAUUAUCAUCUGCGAUUGUGAAACGGACAAGGAUUGAAAAAACUGGAACAUUAAAAAGGCAGAUGACAACCCUGCCGAUGCAGUCGGCACUCAAGCAACCAGAAAAGGAACAACAAAAUAUUUUGAAGAGCGGCGCACUCAAAAAGAGCUCAAUUGCCGGCUAUAACUGUAAAUUGAGAAGCGCGAAACUAUCAACUGCCAUCCCUGCGAUGAGUAAACCCCAUGCGCUGCGCGGUGUGCUCGCCACUUUGAUCAGCGAGUCGCAAUCGCCCCUAACUCCGGAGAUCAUCAUUAGGGAGUUCCGGGCCACUAGUGAUAGGCGGCUGCCAGCCUGCGAGCUGAUCAAUGUGCUGAAGUCCAUCAGCGAGAAGCGUCCCAACUUCGCAGAGGUGACAGAGGAAAUCUCGCACAUCCUCCAGAACAAGGAUCCCAUGUACGCACUGCUGGUGUUCGUCGAGCGAUACCGCGAAUCGGAACCAUCCUCCCCAAGCAGUAGUUCGACUAGCCUUACAAACAUGGGCUCGCCGCACGGAAGCAAGACUUCUUCGGAUGUCAACUCCGCAACCGGUUCAGUCUGCGCCACAUCGGUAACCGCAGGCACCUCGACAAUCUUAGGCACAUCGGAAAACGUAUCUGGUUCCGCCAGGGUUAGCUUGACCCAGGCCCAGGACUUUCCCACCUCGACACCGGUAAACAGCAAAAAGUCGAGUGACUCCGACACUUCCGUUGGUUUUGUCAGGCGCGGCCCAAUGGAACGUAACCGUGGAGCGGGAAAGGAUGAGCGCAACGACUUAAGUGUGAUCAAGGAGCGUGUGCUUAGUGCCGUAUCCGACCAAUCCCUGAACGGCUACCGCAUGGUGACCAACAAAUCGGGCAACAGCCCAAAGUCAUCACCGAAUGAACUUGUUAAGCUAACUGACGUGCCCGAUGAGUACCGCACGAAUUUACUGUGGGAAUACUACAAUGUGGACGGGGACAAGGUGCCGAGAAGAGCGAUCGCGGCAAUGCCGCUUCCCAGCCAGGAGAGUAUGCUGCUCGACGAGCUGCUGCACUGCCUCACGGGCGUGCGAGAAAGCCUCCUGGUGCCCCAGAAGCCCAGUAUUUCGGCCGUUGGCCUGGCCAAGUACGACGUGGACUUUGACAUACACACGCAGCUCGAUUGCUCGCUGACACACAUGGUGCGGGAGAUCUUGCCAUUGGCCUCCUACUUCAUGGGCGUGCAGAAGAUAGUCUCGGCCACCGACGGCCUGGGGCAGGUGAUGAACUCACUGAAUGAGGCACUGCUGGAACUUAUACACGACUUCUAUCUGAUAAUCGUACAAGCCGAAGAGGAGCUGCGCCUCAAUAGAUUAACAUUGCAGAAACUACUGUACUACCUGCAGCCGACGAUAUGGGUGAUGCAUGAGGUCUGGUCCUCGUUGGUUAUCAUUCAGCUAUCCGAUUCACGGGAUGCCGAAGUGUUGACGUUCCUUCACGAGCGGAUCAAGCGGCUGGAAGGCAACAAAGAUGCACAGCAGCUGAUUAUCGGACUGGUGCGCAAGGCGGCCAAGCCGUACAUGCGAAUGCUACAGAUGUGGAUCCAGAAGGGCGUGAUCGUGGACCGCCACCAGGAAUUCCUCGUAGUGGACAACGAAGUGAUUCAUCGCGACGAGCUGCCCGAGCACUAUUCCGACGACUAUUGGGAGAGACGGUAUACCUUGCGCGACGAACGAAUACCGUCGUUUCUGGCAAAGUACUCGGACAAGAUCCUGCGCACCGGCAAGUAUCUCAAUGUGAUCAGACAGUGUGGCAAGCGCGUAAUGCCCACGCAGGAGAUGAACCUAGAGUUCGACCCGACCAGCGAACGGCACGUGUCCGUCAUCAACGACGCUUACUACUUUGCCGCCCGCAUGCUGCUGGAUGUGCUGCUAACGGAAAACGACCUGAUGGGUCACCUACAGUCGGUGAAGCGUUACUUGCUGCUCAACCAAGGCGACUUCACCAUGCAGUUCAUGGACGCCUGCGAGGAGGAGCUGACCAAGAACGUGGACCACGUGUUGCCCAUGACGCUAGAGAACCUGCUGGGGCUAACGCUCCGCAUUUCCUCGGCACGUAAUGAUCCCUACAAAGACGAUCUGCACUGCGAGCUGCUGCCCUACGACCUGGUCACGCAAAUGUCAAAGAUCAUGAAGAAGGAGGAGAACUGGAAGGCACAGCCCCGCCUCGACCUUAGCGGCCUCGAGUGCUUCGCUUUCACCUACGAGGUGAAGUGGCCUUGCUCUUUGGUGCUGAACCACAUUUCCAUCUCCAAGUACCAAAUGCUCUUUCGACAGCUCUUCUACUGCAAGCACGUGGAGCGCCAACUCUGCAAGAUUUGGAAGGAGAACUCGAUUGCCAAGCAGUUCGAGCCGCAGGCGGCUAGUCUCUACCGAGCGGCGUUCACUCUGCGCCAGCGUAUGAUGAAUGCCAUCCAGAACCUGGAGUACUACAUGAUGAUCGAGAUCAUCGAGCCCAACUGGCACAUCUUCAUCGAAAAGAUGAAGACGGUGGAGAACGUGGAUAACGUUCUGCGUCUCCACCAGGACUUCCUCGACUCGUGCCUUAAGAACUGCAUGCUGACCGAGUCGUCCCAUCUGAAUCGUUCGAUCUUCAAGCUCUGCAAGAUCUGCCUGAAGUACUGCGAGUUCAUCCAGAUCACGCAGCGUUACUUUCAGGACGCUGAGCUCAGGUCGAUGGUACGUGAUAGCGCGGACAGCUCCGAAUCCGAACAGGAGAGCCUGCACUGCCCACAGGUUGAGACCCCGUUGGAUCCGGCAGAUACGUUUUCGGAACGGGUUAAGCGCUUUGAUCUGGAAUUCACCAGCCUGCUGAUAGCGUUCCUCAAGCAGAUCAUCAGCAUGGCGAAGAAGAACACCGCCGAUUGCUUCAUGAAUCUGGUGCACCGCAUCAACUUCAAUGCCUUCUACACCGAUCAAAUGGACAAGAUGUGUGCAGAGGCUGCCAUGGGCUGAGCCAGCACGUCCAGAGGAAAGGAUGUGAAUGUGAAUGUGGAUGUGGACGUGGAAACGGAAACGGAAACGGAAAAGACAAGAACAAAGUAUUAGAUAAAUGAAUUUCAUAAUCACAAGCGCACAUUUACCAUCAUUCCCCACGCAAGUCUCUUCUCAUUUGCCAUCCAACUAAGCGCACAAAUUGUUACCCGUUUAGCUAUACGAAUUCGAAUAUGUAUGUACCAAUAAACCAAUUAAAAUGUC